GAAGGGAUCACGGCUCUUAGGAUUUGCUCAUGGGAAACAUAACCAAGAGGGGAAAGAGGAGCCUCGUGGUGGAUAGCGCCAAGGCGCUGGUGGAGGGCCCUGCCACCACACUGCAUGCCAAGCUCUAUGAGGCCAUCAUCCAAGAAGAAUGCACCGCCAUCAAGGCGCUGCUCAGGAGCCACCCGGUCAACCACCCCCUGACCACCCUGGCCAGUUCCAGCAGCUCCAGACCGCUGCUGAGCCAGCCCGUCGUCCCCAUCGUCCCCAUCCACCUGGCUGCCGAAUUCCACAAGCCACAAAGCUUGCUUUGCUUGCUAGAACACGGGGCCAACCCAGAAGUAAGGGACAUUCAGGGCCUCACAGCUCUUCACCUGUUGCUGCUGCACUGGCCGAUCACCUCCAUCAUGUGUGCAGAACCGGGCAUCAGAAUCCAAAGGAUCCUGACGGACAUCGAGAAAAACGCUGUAACGUGUCUCCGCAUUUUGUGUGAACAUGGGGCUCAAGUGAACACCCGGGUAGACAACAGCAACAAAGACUCACCCCUCCACCUGGCCAUCACAUACGGGACCUCUCCAGUCCUCUCCAUUUUGGCCCAAAAUGGGGCCCAGGUCAACGGCAUUAAUGAGUCCAGCAUGACUCCCCUGCACAUGGCUGCAGACACACUGAACGAGAGCAUGAUGGAGGUACUCCUGGCCUGUGGAGCGGACGUGAACUGUGCCAUGGCUUCCACAGGGAGCACAGCCCUGAAGCUGGCAGUGUGCACGGCGUCCAGCAAAGCGGGCCAGCUGCUGGCUGCGGGGGUGGGCUGCAUCCGCCUGCUGCUGGUCCACGGAGCCAGGGUCAAUGCCCGGGACCACGAAGGGAAAACUGCUCUCCACCAGGCAUGUUUUGGAGGCAGAGCGGCCAUCAUCAACCUCUUGCUGGAGUUUGAGGCUGACGUUAACGUCCUAACGAGGAAUGGGGAAUCUCCCAUUUACAUGUACCUCCAGCGCAGCACCAACAUCAGGGACACCACCCUUCUUGCCAGGCUGCUGUGUCAAACUUACCCGCUGAGACUCACCAAUAAGCAAGGAAUUCUACCCACGGGAAUCAUGCUACCAGAAUUCCACCUCUUAAGAGAAACCCUGAUGAAGUUAUCUCAAAACCCUUUGUCCCUGGAGGACAUCUGUAAGAGGAACAUCAGGAAUACCUAUGGGGAGAAGUCCACACAGAACCUGAGGCAGCUUCUCCCGGUGAGGAUGUGCAACUCUGUACACUGCUCCCAUGACCUAGCACGCCUCCUGAAGUGAGGUGGCUCCUCAGUACCUGUGCUGGGCACUGCUGCCCACCAGACACGAGCCAGAAAACAAGUGACCCAGUGUACAAAUGACUGCUUCCAAAAGCGUUCUACAAAUGAAGUGAUUUGUACUUUAGCUCUUACAGUCCUAAAUGCUCUCCCCAUGAUUUCAU